CAGCAGUUUGUCAUCUGGUAAAACACCGGACUCUCAGUCCAAAGAAGAAAAGAAAAAUCAAAAAGAACAAAAAAAAAAAAAAAAAACGAUGGCUGUCGCAGGGCUUUACAGGAGAACCCUUCCUUCUCCUCCCGCGAUCGAGUUCGCUUCCUCUCAAGGCAAGGAACUCUUCACAGAAGCUCUUAAAGAAGGAACCGUGGAAGGUUUCUUCAAAUUGAUAUCGUACUAUCAGACGCAAUCGGAGCCUGCUUAUUGCGGACUGGCGACUCUCGCCAUAGUCCUCAAUGCCCUCUCGAUUGAUCCUGGCCGCACAUGGAAAGGCCCGUGGAGAUGGUUCGAUGAUUCUAUGCUUGAUUGCUGCGAGCCUCUGUCUGUGAUUAAAGUCAAAGGCAUCACAUUUGGGAAAGUUGCGUGUUUGGCCCAUUGCAAUGGAGCUAAAGUUGAAACGUUUCGAACCAAUGAGACCACUGUUGAUGAAUUCCGCAAGCAUGUUAUUUCGUGUACUUCAGUGGAGGAUUGCCACUUGAUUACGUCCUAUGACAGACGGGUUUUUAAGCAGACUGGAACUGGGCAUUUUUCACCUGUUGGGGGCUAUCAUGCUGAAAGUGAUAUGGUUCUCAUCUUAGAUGUUGCUCGAUUCAAAUAUCCACCUCACUGGGUUCCUCUAACACUUCUUUGGGAGGCCAUGGAUACAACCGACGAAGCAACGGGUCAACGCAGAGGGUUCAUGAUUAUUUCAAGACAUCACAAACCACCAUCCAUCCUUUAUACUGUGAGUUGCAGACAAGAGGGUUGGAACAGCAUCACGAAAUACUUAUCAGUAGACGUUCCACUUCUUUUGAAGGGAGGUGAUGUAAAAGAUGUACAGAAUGUGCUCUCAAUUGUAUUUAAAUCACCGCCUGCUGAUUUGAGAAAUUUCAUCAAGUGGGUUGCUGAAGUUCGCAGACAAGAAAAUGGGAGUGUAACCUUAAGUGAAGAGGAGAAAGGACGACUUGCCAUCAAGGAAGAGAUAAUGAAACAACUGCGAGAGACUGAACUGUUCAAGUAUGUGAUGAGAUGGCUGGCUUCCGAAAGUUCACUCUGUAAAGAUUUUUGUCCCCAAGGAGCAGAUAAAUCUUUUGCUGGUGACUCAUUAACUGAAAUCGCUGCAAAUGUUUGUUGCCAAGGAGCAGAACUUUUGACUAGGAAUUCCAUGUCAUAUGGGACAUGCUGUAAGAAAACAGAGGUGAAAUUCUUAACCGUUGAUGGUGAAAAGCCUGUCACUUUGGUGUCGGGGAGCGUUGUCACCUCUGGCAGUGAACAGGGGAUUGACAUGCUUGUCCCUUCAUCCCACACAGAACCCACUUGUUUGUGUGAAUUUGAUCAAGGUAGUUGCAAAUGUAUGCAUCCAUAUCCAGCUGAUGUUCUGACAGUACUUUUGUUGACCCUGCCUCAAGACAUAUGGCAUGGUGUUAAAGAGGAGAAGCUAUGCACGGAAAUCACUCGUCUCAUGUCAACUGACAAUCUUCCAUCCUUGCUUCAAGAAGAGGUCCUGCAUUUGCAACGACAGCUCCAUUUUCUCGUUACUGAAUGUGGUUUUGCUUCUUCCUCAUGACCUGUUCCCCUUGCUCACUGUCUUCUUGAAUAGGUAAUACAAUAUAAAGCCUUAAGCACAAGCAGAAUAAAAUAAUUCUCUUCUAGUUUUUGCUGCUAUAUGAGGGUUGAAGAGCCUCUGAGGAGCCUUUUUUCCGAAAUAAUAAGGAAUAACAUUGCACUAAAAUUUUGCACUAUUCUAAUCUUUGGGAUAUAUUAGUUUCUCACUGUGAAUCUAUAGAUUUGUACUUUUUAGCUUUCUGCUUAUGCAGUUUGCUUAAUAGCUUAAUAGUAAUAUUGUUGUCUUGAAUGUAUGAAUAAUUGAUGUUGGGAGAUGGGCUACACAGAAUCCUUUGUUUGCCCUUGGAAUUUUUUGAAUUUUAACUGGAUUCACCAAUAUAAGAAUCUUUUUUUCCUCUGUAUAUUGAAGAAUCAUAGGCCCUUUGGCCUAUUUAUA